ACGGGGUUUCAGAGGACUGAGACACCCACAUAAGGCUGCCAGGCUCUGAGGGGCGCUGGGGUUACAGAGGGAAGAGGGCGAAGGGAGGAGAAGGAGGGGAGCCUCGGGGCUGUGCGACCCUCAGUGAAGUGACCAGCGGAGAAGCGAGCUGCUGACUGAGCAGACGGCUGUCACUACGCAGCUUCCUGUCAAGCCAGUCAGGACCGGGGGAAGCCCGAGCCCACUUGCUCAGACCAGCCCGGCUGAGGAAGCUGAGCCUGGGAAGUCUGGGUGGCAGGACACUGGGGCUCCCUCAGCUGCCCCCCAAAGCUGCAGGUGGCGGGGGCAUGAAGGGGGAGCCCGCUCCAGAGCUGGGUUGUUGCCACAAGACCAAGCCCCUGGGAAGCACAGGGGAUUCUCUGUCCCCCCACCUGGAUUCCCAGCUCUGCCAAGAUGGCCAGGUCUUCCCAGCCUUCAAGCCACAUCCAGACACAGUGGAUCCUCAUGGCCAGUCCUGGGCCAGCUGGCUGUGCCCAUGGCCGCUGGCACCAGCCAAAUCUGCCCUGCUGGCCUGCCCCCAGGGCCUGGACCUAUACCUGUGUGCCCUGCAGUCGACAACCCCAGCAACAGCCCCGCGGGGUCUCAGAGAGGAUGCUUUGAGCACACGGCACCUGCCACCAAGGCCGCCUGCCAGCUCCUCCAAUGGCGAGAAACUCCCAGCCAAGUGUCCUCCGAGCAGGGACAAGAUGGGAAGCCAGACAGAAAGAGCUGGCAAGGGGUCCCCCUGCCCAUCCUUCUCUCCUCCCAACAGCUCUUCCCCAAAUUCUUGGCAAAAUAAGAAGAGCCCCUUGGUUUUCUGCUCCUGCCCCACACCCCCACCCAACUCCAAAGAACUCUCCUCCCACUUCCGCCCAUUCUACCCUGCCUACCCAUUUUUCCUGCCCCCUCCUUACCUGGUCACGUGUGGGGGCCUACCUUCAGUGCAGUGUCCCCCCCUCUUCAAGCUGCCCCAAGACACCCCCUAUGCCACCAUGGCUGUGCCCAGCUUGCUGAUUAACGUCAACAAGCCUGAGCACCCCAGCACCUGGGGGGAGACCCUGCGCCCCUACCCAGGGGCCUGUCAAGACUCCGGCCAAACCCAACCCUCCCAGAGUCGGAAUCCGGGCCCUGCCGCUGCCAGGACCUACUCCACGGGACCGGAGCGGGCUGGCAGGGUGGCUGCAGGAAAGCGGGCCCCGCUGGGACCCCAGGCUGGCUCCGCAGCACUGCCUUACCCGCUGAAGAAAGAGAACGGCAGAAUCCUGUACGAAUGCAACGUGUGCAGUAAGAGCUUCGGGCAGCUCUCCAACCUCAAGGUCCAUCUGCGUGUGCACAGCGGGGAACGCCCGUUCCAGUGCGCCCUGUGCCAGAAGAGCUUCACCCAGCUUGCCCACCUGCAGAAGCACCACCUGGUGCAUACUGGGGAGCGGCCCCAUGAGUGCCCGAUGUGUCACAAGCGCUUCAGCAGCUCCAGCAACCUCAAGACCCACCUGCGCCUGCACUCGGGGGCGCGGCCUUUCCGGUGCAGUGUCUGCCCAAGUCGCUUCACCCAGCUCGUUCAUCUGAAGCUGCACCUUCGUCUGCAUGCCCCACGGCCCUGUGGUCUGGCUCACACCCACCUGCCCCUGGCAUCUCUCACCUACCUUGCCCGCUGGCACCAGGGGGCCCUAGAUCUUCUGGCAGUGCCAUCAGAGAGGCAGAUGGACUGGGACGUGGACAAGGUCAAGGUGUCCUCAGCAUCCCGGGGCAAGCCCUGGGGUGGCCAGAGCUGCCCUGACCUGGCCCAGGGCCAGGGCAGCACCAGCAAAGUCAGCCUCAAGGCCCAAGCCCAGAGCCGCUCAGAGUUGGACCUUCGGGCAGGGAGCCUUGGCUCCUGGCUUUGGAAGCGACGACACAGCUCAGGGGGGCCGGCGGAGCCUCUGGGGCGCCUCCAGAGACCUGCUGUAGGCAGCGCCUCUGACCUGGCCAACUAUGCCUCCAUGGGGCAAGACAGCCUGGCACCAGCGGUGACCUCAGGAGAGCCUGCUGGAGCCAGGGGUCCCUCAGGCCCACCGCCGGCGCCUGGAGGUUUGGAACAAGGAUCUCCGGGCCACACCUGCUGGCAACCCCCACACUCAGCCCGGGGGUUUCCUCUGUGA